AUGCGAUUUGUGGGGAGUUUAGUGUGUCUUGGAGCAUCUGCAUUGCUAGCAGUGCUUGAGUUCCACAAAAUCGAUGCGAUCCUGGAUGCAGAGAAUAAACGGGGAUCUUCUUAUGAUGCAAGCAAUCGAGUUGAGAAGCUGUCGAAAACAGAGACAAACAUACUCGGUGUACUGCUUGCUAUGCAACUCCUGAAUCCCGGUAUUGUGUCAUUAGUCAUCGUGUUGCUGUUUGUUUACAAGAUUCAGAGAAGAGGGUUCGACUGUACAGUCAGUGCAUUGAACUUUUUUCAAUUGAAACGCAACCUAAAAGUGGAAGUUGCCUGUAAAUUAGUUUUUCAUGCAUUAUUGAUGUACAGAUACUCAAGAGCAUUGCUGAGUGCAAUCCACAAGUAA